AAGAUUUCCUGGAGCGCUAAUGUUAGCUUGUAGCUAGACUAGCAUUAACACUGUUUAUUAGUGUUGCCUGUUUUCUAACCGUAGCCAUGAAUUAAGAACGAACUGUUGAACCUCGUUCCGUUAAACGUCUCGUGGCUGGUUGGACAGAGAGGUGUCAGGCAUGUAUACCCCUGGGAAAUACAGCUCGCGGGGCCCUGCUCUUAUUCCGCGGAUGAAAACCAAGCAUCGCAUAUACUACAUCACCCUCUUCUCUGUGGUGCUCCUUGGAUUAAUUGCCACGGGGAUGUUUCAGUUCUGGCCCCACUCCAUUGAGUCCACAGCUGACUGGACCCUUGACAAACGCAGUGUCCAUGAUGCACCUCUGGUCCGUCUGCCUGUCUCCAGUCCCAUUCCUGAGAGGGGUGACCUCAGCUGUCGCAUGCACACCUGCUUUGAUGUGUACAGAUGUGGCUACAAUCCAAAAAAUAGAAUCAAGGUGUACAUCUACCCUCUGCAGCGGUUUGUAGAUGAACUUGGGGUUCCCAUCAGCAGCACUGGACUGUCUCGAGAAUACAAUGACCUGCUCAGUGCCAUCUCUGACAGCGACUUUUACACUGAUGACGUCACCAGGGCUUGUCUUUUUAUCCCUUCUAUUGAUGUCUUGAAUCAGAACUCCCUGCGUAUCAGAGAGACUGCCCAAGCUCUGGCAAUGCUACCCAGAUGGGACAAAGGGAUGAAUCAUCUGCUUUUCAACAUGUUACCUGGAGGCCCUCCAGACUACAAUACUGCCUUGGAUGUGCCAAGAGACAGAGCGCUGCUGGCUGGAGGCGGUUUUUCUACAUGGACCUACAGACAAGGUUAUGAUGUCAGCAUCCCAGUUUACAGCCCACUUUCUGUGGAUGUUGAGCUGCCUGAGAGACAGCCUGGGCCAAGGCGCUACUUUAUUCUAUCUUCUCAAACUGCCAUCCACCGAGAGUACCGUGCUGAACUGGAGCGCUUGAAGGAGGAAAAUGGAGAAGCACUGCUCCUCCUGGACAAAUGCAGCAACCUCUCCCAGGGUGCUGCCUCUGCACGAAAACGCUGCUACAAGGGGCAGGUGUAUGACUACCCACAGAUCCUGCAGGAGUCUUCAUUCUGUGUGGUUUUACGGGGGGCCCGAUUGGGUCAGGCAGCCCUCAGUGAUGUGCUGCAGGCUGGCUGUGUCCCUGUCAUCCUCGCUGACUCCUACAUCCUGCCGUUCUCUGAAGUACUCGACUGGAAAAGGGCAUCUGUGGUUAUUCCAGAAGAAAAGCUGUCAGAGAUGUACACCAUCCUAAAGAGUAUUCCUCACAGACAAGUUGAAGAGAUGCAGAGACAGGCACGCUGGUUCUGGGAGGCCUACUUCAGCUCCAUGAAGGCUAUUGGCUUGACAACGCUUCAGAUCAUCAAUGAUCGCAUCUACCCAUAUGCUGCACGCACCUAUGAGCAGUGGAACAAUCCGCCUUUGGUGAAGUGGUCCAGUGUGAACAGCCCUCUGUUCUUGCCACUUAUCCCACCAAGGGCACCUGGUUUCACAGCAGUGGUGCUGACCUACGAUCGUGUUGAGAGUCUUUUCCGGGUCAUCACAGAAAUCUCCAAGGUGCCCAGCUUGGCUAAAUUGCUGGUGGUGUGGAAUAAUCAGAACAAGAGUCCUCCUGAGGAGUCACUUUGGCCAAAGAUCGGUGUUCCUCUCAAAGUCGUGCGAACCAAAGAGAACAAGCUGAGCAACCGCUUCUUCCCCUACGACGAGAUCGAGACAGAAGCUGUGCUAGCAAUCGAUGAUGACAUCAUCAUGCUGACAUCUGAUGAGCUGCAGUUUGGCUAUGAGGUAUGGAGGGAGUUCCCAGACAGGCUGGUUGGCUAUCCAGGCCGGCUGCACCUCUGGGACCAUGAAAUGGGGAAGUGGAAGUAUGAGUCAGAGUGGACCAAUGAGGUCUCCAUGGUUCUAACUGGAGCCGCCUUCUAUCACAAGUACUUCAACUAUUUGUACACAUACAAGAUGCCAGGAGACAUCAAGAACUGGGUGGACGCUCACAUGAACUGUGAAGAUAUUGCCAUGAACUUCCUGGUGGCUAACAUCACAGGCAAAGCCCCCAUAAAGGUGACCCCCAGGAAAAAGUUCAAGUGCCCUGAGUGUACUGCCAUUGAUGGACUGUCCCUGGAUCAGACACACAUGGUGGAGAGAUCUGAGUGCAUCAACAAGUUUGCAUCAGUUUUUGGUACAAUGCCUCUGAAGGUGGUGGAACACCGUGCAGACCCAGUGCUCUAUAAAGACGACUUCCCAGAGAAGCUCAAGAGCUUCCCCAACAUCGGCAGCCUCUGACCAGCCAGUAACAGAUGUUUGGACAUUGUUACAGCCUCAAAAGUUCAAGCUUUGUCACCAUCACCAUCACCAUCACCAUCUUUUAAUUCAGACGUCACUAUUCAAACUCAAGUGCUACAUGCUUUUGUUACCUCUCAGUUCAAGUGACUUUCCCUUUGAUUUUUAAAUUGAACUUAAAACACAGAAAUGUACUGGACCUUAAGUUAAUAUCCUGAAUAAAAGAGAUCACUAAAAUCUGGGGAUGGUGAUAAGUGUGAUGGUAGUGAUCUGUCUGUUGCUGCUUAAAGCAAAAGAAAUUUUCAUUUACCAAUGUUAUGCAUAGACUAAUGUUACAGAAAGUGCUAUUGAAAGGUCACCCUGAGUCUGAUGUUUGACAGGCUGACUGAUCGGAGGCUUUUGGUCCCACACUGUUACUGUUUUGGAGCUGGAAACAUUGGGCUCCUUGUACUAUGGAAUAAGCAUAUACAGUGUAUAUAUUUGUAUUUUGCAGCAGUGCUGUAUAAUAGUCAAAAUUUAUGAUGCUCCAACAAGGAUUCUCUAUUUUUCUCUUUCUUUUUUUUGUUUUUUUUUGUUUUUUUUGUUUUGCUUCUUUUCAAAAGCUGACAUGGACCAGAUUCUUUUAGCUGUACUGUAUGAAAAGAAAAAGUAAUAAAUGUUUAAUUUACAUUAUAUAUUGUAAAUGAUUUCAAUUACAUAUCUAUGUAGGCUUUAUCAAAUGGUUACCUGAAUUUGAUAAAACCCAACGUGGUGGCUAACAGAUGAUGUACAGUAAAUGUUUCACACACGUUCUGUUUUACACAAUCAGAUUGGACUGUUAGACAAAGUUAGUACCAUAAAACUAAUGUUUAGAGUGAGAAACUGCAGAUUUAAAAAAAAAUAUGCUGAGCUACUGGAACAUCUUGAAUUGUAAUUUUAUACUGCCUGAGCAAGUCUUUCAUCAUGUUUAUAAGAAAAUCAGCGGUGCUAAUUGCAGCAUCCACUAAGUCCUUUCAUGAGUUUAGUUGUGUGUAUGAGCACUGCAUAAGCGUAGAAGUAAUUAUUUGUUUGGCAUGCAUUUGAAGACCUACUGUGUAGUGAAUAAUAGACAACUCCCAAAUCCACACUUUUUAAAACAGAUGAGUAAAAACUGUAGAUGAAAUGCUUUGUUUUUUAUUUUUCCAUUUUACAUGUUUGUGUUUAUUUUGUGUCUUUCUCAUCACCAGUUGUCCGUAUUUGUCUGUAUUUAGGCUAUGACAUUGAGAGCAGCAUAGUCUUUAAGAUUUAAACAUGGCCUUGUGAUGUUUUUAUUUGUCUCUUUUUAUUAUUUUAAUAAGGUCGGUGAAAUUGUUUUCAAUUUUUUGACUGAGCUUAUGUUUCCUGGUGUAUAUAUGACUUUGUAAUACAUGGUAAGUAAAGACCACACCAAUACGUCU